AUGUCUAAUAAUGAUAAUGAUAUAAUACUCGCAUCAGCGACAUCAUUAUCAACCCUCACCAUUAAUGAUAUUUCCAAAGAUGGAUUCGGAUACAAUCCCUCGGUAGGACCACAAUCAAAUAAUAUCACUCAAGAAACUUCCAAUUAUUUACUUUCAAAAAGAACCACAUCUAUAACUUCUCCUAAUUCAAUCUAUGAUAAAAGCAUCAUUAAUAAAAAGACCAAUGAAAUAAGUCUAAGUUCGUUAUCAUUCUUGUUUUGUGAGAUUGUGAAUUGGUGUCAUAAAAGUCUGAAGGGGAUUCAAGAUUUAGAAACUAGAUUGAAUGGAUUAGGAUAUACAGUUGGACAAAAAUAUAUCGAAUUGAUUAAAUUACGAGAAGGGUUUAAGACCAAUAAACGAGAGAUUAAAAUCAUUGAAAUGUUACAAUUCAUUCAUGGAAUAUUUUGGAAAUCAAUCUUUGGAAAGACAGCUAAUGAAUUAGAACAAUCUCAAGAUGUAUCAAAUGAAUAUAUGAUUAUUGAUAAUAGUCCCUUAAUGUCGAAAUUCAUCAGUAUACCGAAAGAAUAUGGUGAAUUGAAUUGUUCAGCAUUCAUAGCAGGGAUAAUUGAAGGUGCCUUGGAUUCAUCAGGGUUCUUUGCUAAUGUUACAGCUCAUUCCAUGGCAAUUCCUGGAUUUCCCUUAAGAACAGUAUUUCUUAUUAAAUUCGAUGAACUGUUAUCAAUAAGAGAAAGCUUACGUAGGUAG